GGGAGGAGGAGAAGGGGUAGGAGCGGGAGGGGGAGCGGGAAGAGCGGGGAAAAGAGCAGCAGAAGCAGCACAACGAGGAGGAGCAGGAGGAAGGAACGGUAGGAGGAUGAAGUUGUGGUGGAGCAGCAACGGGGGGUCAGUCUCUCUCUCUCUCUCUCUCUCUCUCUCUCUCUCUCUCUCUCUCUCUCUCUCUCUCUCUCUCUCUCUCUCUCUCUCUCUCUUUCUAUGUGGCUAGCCACGUGGCGGGCCUUUUUUUCUUUUUUUCCGCAGGAGGAUCUUUGUCACGUUGCGGGAGGACAGGAGUAGCAAUGGGAGGCGGUAUAGGAGGAAGAGAAGCGGGAGGAGCGGGAGGAGGAGCGGGAGAACGAGCGGGAGCAGGAAGGGGGAAAGACCAGGAGAAGCAGCGGCAGGAGGAGCAGGAGGAGGGGCAGGGGGAGAAGGAGAGGGAGGAGGAGUGGGAGGAGCGGAACAAGGAGCGGGAGAAGGAGGAGCGGGAAAAUUCGGAGGAAAGGCCGGAAGGAGGACCCGGAGGAGGAGGCGGAGGAGAGGAGGAGGAAGAGGAGGUGCGGGAGGAGCGGGAGAAGGAGCGGGAGAAGGAGCGGGCGGAGGAGGGGCAGAAGGAGCGUGCGGAGGAGGGGCAGAAGGAGUGGGAGAAGGAGCGGGAGGAGGAGCGGGAGGAGUGGCGUGAGAAGGAGCGGCAGGAAACGGGGAGGCGGAGUUAACGAACGCAUGUAGGAACGGUGUAGGGCCAAACCCCG